AAUCCUUAUAGAUGUGUGCAAUUAGUAGUAACAAAUGAAAUUUGCAAUAUUGAGCUAAAAAGUGACUUCUACUUCUCGUGACCAAUAUACACGUAUGUUCUUUAGAUUCACGGGUCACUUGAGAGAUCUUUUACAGUUGAAUAAAGCUUCUUUCUCUUCACAUGGUUUUAGUGUCUUCAAGAGAGACCUUAAGGAGCCUUCUUCUUGAUCUUUCUCUCUGGUUCUUGGUCUGAUUCAUUGCAUCAUCAUGUCUGGAGAAUCAAGCUCUUGUUCUACAGAUCAUUGCAUCAAAGUUGUACCGACACACGGAGGCCGUUAUAUUCAGUACAACGUCUAUGGACAGCUCUUUGAAGUUUCGAGAAAGUACGUCCCUCCUAUCCGUCCCAUUGGUAGAGGCGCUUGUGGUAUUGUCUGUGCUGCGGUGAACUCAGUGACUGGAGAGAAAGUGGCAAUCAAGAAGAUCGGUAAUGCUUUCGAUAACAUUAUCGAUGCUAAGAGAGCUCUACGUGAGAUCAAGCUUCUCAGGCAUAUGGAUCAUGAGAACGUCAUAGCCAUCAAAGAUAUUGUAAGACCACCGCAACGAGAUAUCUUCAACGAUGUCUACAUUGUCUACGAGUUAAUGGACACUGAUCUUCAGCGAGUCCUCCGUUCUAACCAAACCUUAAGCCAUGAUCAGUGCCGCUUCUUUGUGUACCAGCUCUUGAGAGGGCUCAAGUACGUGCACUCGGCCAAUAUAUUACAUCGUGAUCUAAGGCCAAGCAACGUGCUGCUUAACUCCAAACACGAGCUAAAGAUUGGUGACUUUGGGCUUGCGAGAACAACUUCAGACACAGACUUUAUGACUGAGUAUGUGGUCACGCGUUGGUACAGAGCUCCUGAGUUGCUUCUUAACUGCUCUGAGUACACAGCAGCUAUUGAUAUAUGGUCUGUGGGGUGUAUACUCGGUGAGAUGAUGACGGGACAGCCUUUGUUUCCUGGCAAAGACUAUGUUCAUCAGCUUAGGCUUAUCACAGAGCUUGUAGGCUCUCCGGACAACUCCAGUCUUGGUUUCCUUCGCAGUGACAACGCGAGAAGAUACGUGAGGCAACUUCCACGGUACCCGAAACAACAGUUUGCUGCUAGAUUCCGGAAAAUGCCUCCUUCUGCUAUCGAUUUACUAGAGAGAAUGCUUGUCUUUGAUCCUAACCAGCGCAUCUCAGUGGAUGAAGCUCUUGGCCAUGCUUACCUAUCACCGCACCAUGAUGUGAACAAAGAACCGGUGUGUCCAACUCCUUUUAGCUUCGACUUCGAGCAUCCUACAUGCACGGAAGAACACAUAAAGGAGGUUAUCUACAAGGAGUCCGUCAAAUUCAAUCCUGACCAUUGAGACAAAGAACAAAAAAACAUGUUUGAUGAUGAUUCCUUUUCAAGCCUCUUUGUUUCUUUUUUUUUAAAUCUAAACUUGUUUUAUUUUUUUGGUUGAAUAAUUGCUAUGAUGAUGAUACACACAUACAUUGAUAUCUAUAUCUAUGUCAAAGUCACUGCAGAGCUUGACAUUCUUUAUAUCAGUUUCUUAAGUUGUGAUUGGAUCA